AAGAGCAGCACUAGAUGCUGGGCAAUCCAACGUUUUUCUCUAAGACUUGAGCUGUAAGGGAUAUGUCGACUGGUACAGGUUUUAGUAGGAAGAAGUCUACUUCUACUGGAACGACUAAAAAGGCUGCAGUAACCAGUCCAGCGCGAAAAAGCAGCAGUCAGGGGGGAUUUGUGGAUCACAUCUCACAGGCCAGAAUCAAAGAUGUAAGUGUGGUAUCAGUGGUUUUAGAUAACGCCAUAGUCUCUCCAACGGAGCGAUGACACUGUAAAAUGCUACUACCGUUUAGAAAUUGUCAGAAAAUUUAUUUUAGGUUCCUUGUAGAAGAAUUGGGGCAACUUUCUCCAUAUAGGUAAAAGAAUCAUAAAGCUAUUCUGUAAGUUUUUCCAGUGCCCCUGUUUUCCAGGAGAAAGGGGCCCUGAGGCUUUCGAAGUAAAACUUCACUUCCUGGUAAAAACACUAAGAGGGUAAGUGAAGAUGAGGCAGCCUUUCUUAACCUCUAUAAACAGUCAUUAGGGACAUAAAAAUGAUGAAGAACAGAACUUUCUUAAGUGGUACAAAAAUCUAUCCCUCUUUUCAGCUUGAACAACAAGUGUCAGAUCUGAAGAGACGCUUGGAUGAGCUCCGCAAAGCUAAGAAUACUACCAUCGUUAAAAAGGACAAAGAAUAUAUAACUACAGGGGCACCUCAGUCUCCCCAUAACAAUUCAACUACAGCAAACUGUGCAUCUGACCAAAGAGCCCCCUCUGUGGAUACAGCAAAUGAAGUAAAACUACAACAAAGUAAACAAGAAAUUAAGGCAUUACAAGACAAUAUUGCUGCUAUGAAAGAGCUGCACAGAGCAGAAAUAGAGGAACUAAAGAAUGAGAUAGAGAAACAGGUACUGUUUUUGUGAAUUAUUGAGUUUACUUCUUAUAAGCCCAUUUAGGGGCCAGGGGAAUUUCCUCAUUUGGCCUAUACGGUUAUGUGCCACUGAGCAGGGUAUGAAUUUGAGUCUUGAGUCUAAAAAGGUAUACAAAUAUUAUUUGACAUCUUGAACAGGUUGUCUUUUUUGAGCAAAAUCCUUUAAAAGAGUGUGGAGAUAAGCAAUGAGCGGCCUACAUUGUGGUUUGCAAAAAUUCUAACUCCUUGAUGUUGGUUUGAAAAGCUUAACUGUUGUCGUCAAAAUUUAUUUUCCUUUGCCCCCAAACCCCCCACCCCCCAAAAAACCAUCACUUGGUAUGCAGGCUACUAAGGUAAGAGAGAAGCCCAGCAUCAAAACAAUUUUCCUGGGCCCUGGCCACGUUUUGGCUCAACAGUGGGUUAGGGGGCUGCUACCCCUGACCCCUUCCCCAGGAAAUGGUUUGACUAUAUACACUUGAUGUUGAUCAACCAACACCUAUUGUUGUUCUCUGCAGGGUAGACAGUCUGAGUCUGACUUUGCUUCUGACCUCGAAAACUUAAAGAAACAAAACAGAGAACUUAAGGAGGAAAAUGAACUGCUCAAUUCUAAGACAGUGACUUUACAACUACGAAUUGAUGAUCUGUCAGAAGAGCUGAGUAAGAAAGAGGCUGAGUGGUGUUCUAAAGAGGAAAAACUAAUUUUGGAGGUACAGUCAAAUGCUGAAACCCUGCUUUUAGACACCCGCUUAAUACUGACACCUCAUUAUUUUGGACAGUUUGCUUUGUCCUUAGCGAAGGAAACCCUUACAGUUUCUCUAAAUUCAACCCGCUUAAUACAGACACUUUCCAUGGCCCCCUAAGUGUCUGUAUUAACUGGGUUUGACUGUCCAAGAUAAAUAUGUGAUAUUAAACAGGGAGGGGUGCGAGCCCUGGAGAAUAGAGGGGAAAGGAAGUGUACUGGGAGACAGCAGAGGCCAGGGUUGGAGAUGGAAGUUUUAAAAGGGUGGAGAGUGGGGGAAAUAGGAGAAAAUUAAACAACCAUGCUCAGCCAGGGGUUUCAAUAAGCACCUACAACCAACGAAACGCGUCAGCUACUUUACUCAGAGUGGUUGGCUACUUUUUUCCUCAGAAAAGAAGCAACUAGUUUUAAUUAUGUUGUGAACAAGAAUAAUAUUAUAUCAUAAAAUCUGAAUUAAACAUUAGCUUAAUAAAUUACUAUGAUAUGCUUUCAAGGCCCACUGAUAUGUUAUAUCACACCAGAAGCACUUCCUGUUAUGCAAACACUGUAUUUCAGUCUUGAAUUUUUUCCACGUUUCUUUGUAGGCUUGUGCAGAAUUUUUUUAUGUGCAAAUGUACUUAAUUUUGAAUAUUGACAUUUGUCUGUUGCUUGUAAUUUAGAAUUGAUUGUAUGGGUAUGAAACCUGAAUGAAAACUAUAUUUUCUUGAAUGAAAAACAGGUUCUUCUGUUCUCAGUUUAGUCCCCACAACACUGGAAAUCACAUUUUAGGGUUUUGAAAUUCCAAAAUUUUCUGGGGGAGCACGCCCCCAGACCCCCUUGAAGGAGGGGGCUAAUGGCCCCUUGUUGAUACAGUCAAUUACUCUAUUCAAACCUGCUGGCUACUUCAAUUAUGAAUGACCCCCUACAUGCUUAAAUGUUUGCAAUCAAAAAACGGCUCAAGGGAGGAAGCGGAGAAAAAUGGGGCAAGAGCCGGGAAUGCAAGAGAGGUCCCCCUCCCUGACCAAGCUUGUUUAGUCAAGAUGGGUGGAUAUUGACCAAGUUCUUUCUCUGCAUAUUUUAUGAACAGUCAACGUCGAUAAAACUGCAAAAGAGAACGAGGUCAAUGUCGAACCAUCUCGAACGGACAAGCUUGGUUACUAAAGUAUUUAUUAAAUGGUUUAGGGGAACUUUUUUCUUGCGUGAACUAAGCGAGAAUUCUUAAGUGGGCAAGGUAGGCCUAUCUUGCUCACUUGUAACUAAGGAUUUGCUUUAUCACAUGUUUCAUCAAGCCUGCUCGCAAAACCAGCCAUAUCACAAGGGCACCCAACGACUGAUUUCUGAAAAAUAUGUGUUCGGAGAAGCAGAUAUUGCCAGGAAUUUUCUAUUACUUAAGGACGGCUAAAAAUAUCAGCUAAAUGACCGUUUCAUUUAUGUACAAUUUUCGAAUUUUAUCUAAUAAAUGCCCUACGAUUUUCUGAAGUGUAUUUUUCCAUAUUUCACUCCCCGUACCUUAAGUUAGAUACAGUACUUUCAGAUUCAACUGCAGGACAUUUCGUGAACAUUUGACAAUCUAAAUGAGAUUGAAUAAGGUCGAUAAAGUUUGAGACAGUUCAAAUUCUCUUUCAUGACUUUGUCGGUUUGUUGGCGUCCACAAAUUUUGCGAUAACAUCCCUAAAACAGUCCCAUAAUGCAAUUAGCCAUAACUCCGACCCAGGGUCGCGCAACCUGAAAAUGGCCAACGGUUGUGAGUCAUGUUUGGCGUGACAAAUCUUUUAUAAAGUGAAAUAAAAAACGUGAUGAGAGCAGUUAAGAGCAGGUUGAAUCAAUGAACCUGCAUCCACAUUUAAAGCGUUAUGAUUUUCAGGUUAAAACAUCGUGGGGUGAGAAGUACCAGAAGUGGAUGGCGCAGACUGAACAAAAGAUAGAGGAACUACAAACAGCCAACAACUUCCUGUAA